ACCAGCGGUAUAUUAAAGGAGUUCCCCAGAUCGGACACCUCGUGGUGCAUAUAAACAGCGGGUUGUCUAAAGCCAGCCAUUAGCUAGAGUCUGAAAUGGAGGACCUUGGUAACCAGAGAAGGAGUUCGGAAAAGCGAAGGGAGAGACGAGGUAGUGAUCGCAGCGGAGCCCCUCGUCCCAGACCUCCUCGGAGGCCGCGGGCGGUGGGGAGGAGCAGUGAUGUGGGCCCCAGACCUCAGUCCACCAGAACUAGGAGACCUCCUCAGAGACGCAGUCUGGUUUGUUGCCUCGGCCACCAGUGACUCCUCAUCUCUGUCUCUCUCUAAUGUGUCAGAGGUCAGUGUUGGAUGAGGUGAAGGAGUUCACACCGUGUCUGGCAGUGGACCCAGCUCUCCUCCGCAGAGCCAACAACAAGAAGUACACUGGACUCCAUCGCUGCUGUACUCACUGUACCCCCAGCAGCAAGAGUAAGAACACGGGAGACAUUCCUGGAAUGUGUGGACUGGUUGACAUCCUGAGACUGGAGGGUGGAAAGUUCAGGAGACUGCCUUACCGACUCGUUCCCUACCUCUCGUUUGUGGUGCAGCAGCCGAUGACCUGUCAGAGAGACCAUCACAAAGCCACCCUCUCCUCCUCACGUGUCCAGGAAGCCAUUACCAAGUGUGCCUCAGAUGCUGAUGAUCAUGGGAAAGGUGGUGGUAGGAAGGAGCAGGAGAAGAGAGCGGCCGGGAUUGUGUCCGCCAUGUCCUCAGCUGUCUACAGACCUCUCGUGAGGCUCAUUGCGUGGCUGUUCUUCUGGACAUUUGGACACAUGUUUGAGAGACUAGACAUCCAGCACAGCCACACAGCCAUGCUGCUCCAGGCACAGGAGAGAGGAGUGCCGAUGGUUUUCCUGCCCAGCCAUAAGAGCCACAUGGAUUACCUCAUCAUGACCUUUGCCCUCUUCUCUCUGGGCAUCAGAAUACCUCGGGUUGCCGCUGGCGACAACCUCAGACUCCCGUUUGUCUCGUGGCUGGUGACUCAUCUGGGAGGGUUCUUUAUCAAGAGAAAGUUGGACGUUUCAGACAAGAAAGAUGUUCUAUACCGCAGAUGCCUGCAUGAGUAUAUGGAGCAGCUGCUGCAGUCAGGAGAGAGUCUGGAGUUCUUCCUGGAGGGAAGCAGGUCCCGCAGUGGCAAACCAUGCACCCCCAAAGCCGGCCUCCUCUCUGUCGUCGUCGACACUGUCAGAGAAGGUCUGGUGGAGGAUGUACUGGUGGUUCCUGUCAAUAUCUCUUACGACAGAUUAGUGGAGACGACGUUUGUCAAGAAUGAGCUGAUGGGAGGAGAGAAAAGACCAGAGACUUUGAGGGAGGCUUUGAAAGGGGUGUGGUCUUUUAUCACCCGCAGAGUGGGCGUGGUUAGAGUCGACUUCUCUCAACCUUUCUCCCUGCAGGAGUUCCUGUCCAAAGCUGUGAUAGCCAAAGGUUCUCUACUGGAGAUGUCCCAAGUCUCAAGACGUGGUUCAACUGUCAACCUGACACAGAGUUACCAUCGCAGACUGGUCACUGCUCUCUCCUACCACAUCAUGUAUGACAUCACCCUCUGCACCAGCCUCACCCCCACGUCCAUGGUGUCCUUCCUCCUCCUCAACAAGUUCAGACAAUAUGGAGCCACCAUUGAUGAGCUCAUUGAUGGCUACCUGCAGCUGGAGAGACUGGCUGAACUACACGGGAGGUGAAUGAUCUUGAUCUCUUUUCUUGUUUCUUCGUUCAUGUUUCUCAUUUUCUUUUCCUUCAUUUCAGAGUCAUCAGUUCCUACCUGUCGGCCGGAGAGGCUGUACAUUACGCGCCUGCACUACAUGUCCAAUCUGGUUACCGUUAGCAACACUGCCUGUGAGCGACCAUCUAAACGGGUCGUUGCCAGUAGCAACAAGAGGAUCAGGCCGGUUGCUAAGUCUCACAGAUGUGUUUGAGAUCUCUACCACCUGUCGAAUCAGACUGCUCCUCUGCUGGACAGGCAUGCCAUCAUCGCAUACAGUGUCUUGUCAGUAUCCAGGGACACAGCAAGAGAAACAUCAAUCAGGACAAGGUGGUGGAGACGGGCCAGCCCCGGCUCAGAUACUGGCACGCGAGUUCAUCUUCACUCCUCCGUGUGAGACUUGACAGUCGCUCUUACUCGAUAGUCCUUUGACGCUUUGUCAAUUCCGAGGUGCUGAAGAGGGUGGGGUCUUGUGACCAUGGUACAGGAGACCGUGUAUCUGGACGUGGAUGACGAUGAUGGAUGAGUAUGUCCCUGUCAUUGAGUACCAGCUGGGAGAGAGGAGGGGAAGGCCCGUCUCUCUCUCUUUGCCUCCGUUCUGGAGCCCCUGGUGGAGAGCUACUGGCUGACCACCACCCCGCUCCUCCUCCUCCUCCCCCCUCUCCCCCCGACCACUUCCUCACUGAGUCUGGGCUGGUGGGUCAUGUCCAGACCAUCGCCAAGGCUAAAGCUGAGAAGGCUCAGCUGUAUCGAGUUGAGAGCUGCUCAUCAGACACCAUCAGGAAUGCAAUCAAGAUCCUGCAGGACCGUCAAGUUCUGGUUCCAGCACAGAAUGGAGACGGCAGCACACCACAUACUCAGUCACUGGAGGUUGCCAAUAGCAACCUCCUGGUUGACAUCAUCAAGCAACUGACUCUACUUCGUAGCUAAUCUUUCUCUCGUAGUUCAAUCUCUCCACUCUGUUCCGAGGAAUCAUGAACUCUACUUGUGAACUGAUGUAUCAUGAACUAUUGUUGAACAU